AGCAAUAUUUUAUCCAUAUUUAUAAUUUAAAUUUGAGAAAAUCGGAUUUUUCAAGUUUUUCGGUGUACCGAUUCGAUGUGUCAAUUUUGUUUAAAUCGACGGUGACUGUGCAUUCGCAUGUGAAUUUCAAAUGAAGCAUUUUAUUGAUGUAAAUUGCGUGUUUUAAUACACUAAAGAUUUAUUGAAGGCGAUAAAGAACGAGCAAUAAAGAAGAAGUCAUGCAACGGUGUCAUUUAUCGAUUUAAUCACAUUGCAAUAAGAUUCAUAGAUUGGUGGAAUCAAAAUAAAAUUAAGGCGUUUUUUAUGGAAUCGUGAAUUUUAACGUUAUCAAAAUGAAUUUUUCGCCCUUUGGUAAUCCAUUUUCGGCUUCGAUAUCUGGAAUUCAUCAGUUUGCAGCUGGUGCUCAAGAUUCAUCGAAUCGUUAUCACAAUGGCUCGGCCGCAUCGAAUGUCUCGAAUAUGAAUCAUUGCACUCAAUCCAAUGUGCCCAUAUUGUCAAAAUUUCGCGGUGAUGAUAAUUUGAGUGCAAAUGCCAUGCAUAAAUAUAAUGGACACAAUAAUUCGAAUAUAAGCAAUAAUCCUUAUCAAUCGAAUGUGCCCACAUUCACGCAAACGGCGCAUUUACAUGCGAACAAUGAUGAUAAGCAACGAUUGCCCAAUUCAUAUCAACCGUCCAAUGCAUCGAAUGCGCAAGUACAUCAGUCGUCAGAAAUAACACCAGAUAUUUGUAGUGCACUUUUAAAUCAGCAGACCGACGCCAAGAGAGUGUUGCAAAAUGUGAAUUCUGGUUGGCAAUCUUUGACACCAAGUUCAGCUGUUGUUGCUGAUUAUCUAUCACAUUUACCGGCCAGCACACUACCCCUGUCGUUGCAUCACUUUCUGAAAUAUUCGGCCGAAAGUAUUAAAAAGGAAUCGCAAAACCAGCUAUCGAACAUCGACAUGGCCCAUGCACAAGGAUUGGGUUUGAAUUCAUUAAGCUCAAGUCUUCUGUCAAAUGCAGCCAUUCUUAAUCAAAAUCAACAAAAUCACAUGAUACCGUCACAACAACAACAACACCACUCCAUUCCACCUCAAAUUCCAACGUCACAACAGCAACAUUCGCACCCCAACGGCGCAAGCUCAGGAAAUAAUAAUUUGAUUCAAACAUCUUCAGCAAAUGUGAACCAAACGCAUAGUCUUACGAACAAUACAAAUGGGUCCAAUGGUAUGAAUAACAGCAAUGAACUGAAUGCCAACAAUAAUACAUCGUCGAAGGCGGCAACAACCACGGCACCCACGAAGAAAAAGAAGAAGAAGAAACCACCGAAAGAGAAAAAACCACGACCAAAACCCGGAGAAAUUCGACUAACAACCGCACUUGACGGCUCAACUUUGUACGGGUGUCCAGAGUGCCACAUGGUUUACCCCGAACGCGGUCUUCUUGAAGAGCAUUUGGUUGGACAUAAUUUGGAACGAAGGUUCAUUUGCGACAUUUGCAAUGCAGCACUAAAACGAAAAGACCACUUAACUCGACACAAACAAAGUCACAACGAAGAGCGGCCGUUUGUUUGUACGGUGUGCAUGAAGGCAUUUAAGCGCAAAGAACAACUUACAUUACAUUUCGUCAUUCAUUCCGGUGAAAAGAAACACGUGUGUCAGGAAUGCGGAAAAGGCUUCUAUCGAAAGGACCAUCUUCGUAAGCACACCAAAUCACAUAUAGCUAGACGCGUGAAAGCUGAACUAAGCCAGUCAAAUCAAUCACCGAAUCUACUUGCAGCGCAGCAACUUCAAAAUCAGGGAUUGACACCACAUCAAUUGCAAUUGCAACAAAACACCACCACAUUCAGUUAGAAGUCUUCGAAGUGGCUACAUUUUCUACAUCAUAUUAUCAUAUAUUCAUUGGCAUUUUUAGUCGAACUAUAACAUAGAUUUAACUUUCAUUUCAUUCUUUAAUUCGGGGCCUCUUUUAUCACAACACUCAAAUCGAGUAUAUUUCUUAUGACGAACGAAAAAUGAUAAAAUUGGCACCAAUUUCAUUCAUCAGCAUCGGGACUCUUUUGCAAUUCUAAAUAAUUGUUCGAUAACAAAAGGCUAAUUUUCUUUGUGUAUCUCAAGUGAACUUGAAUGGUUCCCUCAACUUUAAGUAGUUUAUUGAAAACAUAAUUUAUUCCGUUUGAUGUAUUAAACUAGAGAGAAAGAUAUUCUGUAUAUAUUAAGCCGAGAAAACGAAGCGCAUACAUAUUUGCGUCGAAACAAAACAAAAAUUAAGUGACUAAAAUUUAAUCGGAAAUUGUAGUCUUUCAAUUAAAUUUGAACAAAUAACAACUGUUUUAACAUUUACAUCUUCACACAAAGUCGGUAUUUGACCGAAAAUUGGUUGCAAUUCAACUUCAGAUUAUUUUCGAUGAAAAUGAACAAAGAAUAUUUCAUCAAGUUUUUUAAGUACGACAAAUAUUGACAGAAUAUCAUUAUAAAAUUUCUUGUGAAUCUUUUGUAAAAUAUGAAUAUUUGCCAUAUUUUUGUAAAUCUACAAAUUUCACAGUGAACCUUUCUCUCUACUGUAUUUGAGUAUAGCUUUUGUAAGAUUUCAUAUUUACUCUUUUUUCAGUAAAAAAAAAUUUUUUCAUUCAGCGCCGAAAAUUUAGCUCAAGCACUAAAAUGAACUAAAUGAACAUAAAACAAAUAACAACAAAAAAAACACUAAAAAUCGUGGAAAAUCUCAGUGAUUGUGGUUUUUAUAUUUGUCAUGAAAAAAAAAAUUAAACGUACUAUAUAUUUCGAGAAA